AUGGUCAGAAACGACCCUAUUGGAGACCGGAGAUCAAUAUUCCAGCAAGUAGCCGAGCGGACUCAGAAGAUUCAAGAGAAGCAGAAAGCGUUUGUGCUCAAUGCAGCCGCUGGGGCGGGGCCAGGCUCUCCUUUCUCUGUGCACCUCUUCAAGCAAAUGGGGAGUUUGACCUUAAAGUCUCUGAGGCUAAAAAGUGGAACCAGCUUACAUAUCCAUAAACUCAAUCCAUCUGGAGGGAAAUCUGGGCAGCAACUGAACCAGAACAGUGGAGCAGGGGAAUCAGUGCUGGUCUCCAGCUAUGUACAUCUGCAAUUUUCAAGCAGGACCUGGCCACAGGAGCUCUCUAAGAACUUUACUCUUCCUACUGCCUUGGCAUCCCUUUCCCCAAGAACACUUACUGCCCUUGGCCUCACAACAGAGUGUCGUGUUGACCACAAUGGGACUAGGUUCUGCAUUUGUCACCCUGGCUACCAAUGGAACGCCACACUUUGCUCCCUUUACCCAAACUGCCAUGGCCACAGGUCAGAAAGCGACCCCUGUAUAUGUCUCAGCUUCCAGGGCCCCAUUCCUGGUUACUGCCAGUUGCUGCCACCUGUGCCUGCAAACCUGACUCUGGACUCCCAGCUUCAAAGGCAUGGGGACACCCUGAACCUCACUCUCCUCAAGAAAGAGGAGGCUACAAACCUGAGAUGGUUCUUGAAACACUCAAAGACCCAGGAGCCCAUCUUACUAUGGCCAGGGACAAAUGUGUUCCAGAUGUCCAGUGAGAGCCAGGCUGGCCUUAGUGUCACCCGCAUGUCCCGUCACUGGACAGGUAAGUAUGAGAGCAUCUUCGAGGCUCAGGGAUUCAGGUGGAAGCUGCAGCAGGUGGUGACGUUGCCCUUGGAGGAGAAAGAAGUGGUCCGGCUUCCCAGCAAGCUGUCUGUCUCCUGUGCCACAACCACUGGCUUCCAGCUGAGCUGCUGUACCCCGCUCACAAACUUGGCCUACACUGCUACCUGGAGUCCUGGGGAGAAUGGCCAAGCCUCCUUGCAUAACAUGUUGGAUUCCCAGUGCCUUGUGCUGGCUGUCCAGCACUGCCCAGCAGCCAAUACCACAUACACCUGUGCCCUUCAGGGUCAGAACCUGGCCCCUCUCAUGGCUUCCGUCUCCGUCACCGUCAUCCAGGAUGGGGACACCACCUGCCCUGAGGACUUCUUGGUGGUUGCCUGGAACAUCACCAAAGCUGACUUCAUGGCCCAGGCCCCAUGUCCUGUGAAUAAGAAGGGCAUGGUAAAGAGGCUCUGUGGGUCUGAUGGCAUAUGGGGACCUGUCCAGAACAGCUGCACAGAGGCAUCAAUCCUAAACUUAUGUCUUAAAGCCAAGCUGCUGCUGGAAGGCCAGGGAAAGCCUAAUGAGGAAGUGCCACAUAUCUUGAGUCAGCUGCAAGGGCAGGUGGGGGCAGCCAGCACCCCCUCUGACUUACAAGAAAUGCUGCACACUGUGACGUUACUGGCCAAGGUAGUGGCAGAGACAAGCACAGAGCUUACAGACAGUGCCCUGAAGGACCUCCUGACAACCACAGACAAGAUCCUAGACGUGAACAUCAGCUCUCUGUGGACUCUGGCCCAGGCCCAGGAGCCCUCGAUGGGCUCAGAUUUCCUGAAGGCUGUGGAGACCCUGGUCCAGAGCUUGAGCCCACAGCAGCAUCCUUUCUCCUUUAGCUCGUCCAAUGUGCUCCUGCAGAGCCAGCUCCUCACACACUCCUCUCCUGGCUACCAAAUGUCCUUCUCUGCCUGGCCCCUCGUGCAGGUGCAGAUUCCACGGCAUUCACUGGCUUCGCUGGUCCGUAGUGGAACUAACGUCAGUAUUACUAGCCUAGUACUGAAAAAACUGGACUGCCGUCUGCCCUCAAACUACACACAAGAGCUGUGGGGUGCCCCAUAUACCACGCCUGGGCUUAUCCUUGUGGUCUCCAUCACAACGGAUGGCCAGGCCUUCACCCAGGCAGAGGUUAUCAUGGACUUUGAAGAUAUGAAUGGAAGCCUGCACUGUGUCUUCUGGGACCACGAUGUCUUUCAGGGUCGGGGAGGUUGGUCAGAUAAAGGGUGUCAGGUCCACGCAGCCAAUGGCAGCACCACCCAGUGCAUUUGCCAGCAUCUCACUGCCUUUUCCAUCCUCAUGUCCCAACACACUGUCCCAGAAGAUCCCAUCCUGGACCUGCUGAGCCAGGUGGGUAUUGGGGCUUCCAUCCUGGCACUGCUCGUGUGCCUGGCUAUUUACAGGGUGGUGUGGAGAACGGUGGUUAGGAACAAACUCGCCUUCUUCCGCCACACCACCCUGUUUAACAUGGUGAUCUGCUUGCUGAUUGCAGACGCAUGCUUCCUGGGAAGCACGUACCUUCCUUCAGGGUACCACAGCUUGUUCUGCCUGGUCACUGCUUUCCUGAGUCACUUUUUUUACCUGGCCACCUUCUUCUGGAUGCUGGCACAGGCCCUGGUGCUGGCCCACCAGCUGCUUUUUGUCUUCCAUCAGCUGUCCAAGCACCUAGUUCUCACACUGAUGGUGAUACUGGGCUACCUGUGCCCACUGGGGCUUGCAGGUGUCACCCUGGGCCUCUACUUGCCUCAAAAGAAAUACCUGUGGGAGGGGAAAUGCUUGCUGAAUGGAGAUGGAGCCAUGCUGUACACCCUCAGCGAGCCAGUGCUGGCCAUCGUUGCUGUAAAUGGGCUGGUCCUUGUCAUAGCUGUGCUGAAGCUGCUGAGACCUUCGCUGUCAGAGGGGCCCCAAGUGGAGAGGCACCAAGCUCUCCUGGGGGUGCUUAAAGCCCUGUUCAUUCUCACGCCUGUCUUUGGCCUGACUUGGGGACUGGGCGUGGCCAUUGUGUUUGAUCAAGACGCCAUAGUCUCUCACUACAUAUUCACCAUUCUCAACAGCCUCCAGGGUGUCUUCAUCUUAGUGUUUGGCUGCCUCACAGACAAGAAGGUCCUGGAGGCCUUACGCAACCAUUUCCGAGGUACCCAGUCCUCCAACUCUGCCAUCUCUCUGGCCACAAAUGAAACAUACACCUCAGAACACAGCAAAGAAAGAAGUAGACAUGGCCAGUUAAAGCUAGAUAAAGACAGGAUGAUGGAUUGACAGAACCAGAUCUUCUGGAUAUUGAAGAUGAAGAGCUGAAUUCUGUUUCUUUGGGUGCAGUAUUCAGUUACAAAGUUCUUACUAAUAUAAUUUUUUUUUCUU